CUGAAUCACUUUAGACAGUUCGGCUGCAGAGAAACAUCAGACAUUGGUGCUGGGACUUCAUUCAGGUUUCAAUCUGAAGAAUCACUGAAAACUACAUUAACGUCACCCACUGGAAUGGCAGCUAUGAAUACAUCGACGAUGAGUAUUACAGAAAAUUAUAUUUCAUAAUGCACGUGGUAACAUGCAUCGUCAUUAGUAUCGGCCUUCCUCUGACGCUCAUGGCCAUCUACGCUCUUUGCUUUCUGGUACGAAAGGAUCAUGUGGCUCCAAUCUACGUCAUCAACCUUCUCAGUUCUGACCUCAUUCAGCUCUGCUGCCUGCUCAUUGAGGAGAUAAAACACCAUCAGACUCAUGUCAUCUUAGUUUAUAUUUACUAUAGUGGCCUACUGACCAGUGUUUGCUUCAUGGUGUGUGUCUCACUGGAAAGAUAUUUGGUCAUCGCCCACCCACUGUGGUACCGCUUCAAACGAACCAUCAAGAUCUCUGUGGUGGUCAGUGUCGUGGCCUGGCUCAUACCUCAUGUCAUUUUCCUCCCUCUGUUUCUCUUCACUGUGUUUCUCUGGGUUCCUUUUGAAGUGAUAGGUAGCGUCCUCAUCAUUUUCCUCAUCAUUCCCUUCCCACUGUUCAUAUUCUUCCUGGUUGGGACCCUCAGAGCCCUCUCUGCUUCCGUCUCCGUCCCCUCUGAAGAAAAAUGUCGAAUUGUUGGAAUUUUGGUCCUGGUGCUGCUCAUUUACACACUGCUGUUCCUGCCCUGCAUACUUUUAGUUAUUCUCACGUAUAUGAACAUAUUUGACGACACUCUGUUAGUCUUAUCUUUCAUGUUUUUUAAGCUGAGUCCUCUUGCAGACUUAAUUCUGUAUGUUUACUUUAGAAAAGAGUCCAUUGGCAGCUGUACCGCUGUGAACUGGUGCAGAGUUGCCAACGCGGACACCAACAUAUAGACCGUGUGAAUGUGGACAACAUUUUGAGCUCCAUGGAGGAAGAGAGAAUGAGGAGAAAACAGACCAAAAAGUUCUCUCAGUUUAGAACAAAUGUAUUUCUUUAGCUAUGUUGUUAUUCUUGACAGAUAAGUACACUUUCUACUCUUCUUAACUUUCUAAUCUUCUGAUCAAUAAAAGCUUUACUAGUGCAGUUCAAGUGGUUGGCAUGUCAGCGUUUAGGAUGUGAGAGAAGGUCCUAUUUAUUGUAAAUUUGACAAAAUGAAAUAUUAUAUCACAGUCUCGCUCAUUACAUUUUAAUAAUACUAUGACAUUCAAUAAAUAAAAAUCUGUUUCAAGACAAAAACAGGAAGUUAUUGACUUAUUAAAAUCUAACAAACAUUACAUUUUGUGCAGCUCACUGUGUGUUUAC